AUGGGCUCCCUCCCACCCACCGCCUCCCCAUCAACCACAGCAACCACAACAACCAACGCCGCAAUCCCACCGCACGCCAUGCCCCUCAUCUCCGCUCCCGCCCUGCUCUCCGCACACCUCUCCCGAACCCCUCCCACACGCCCCUCCUCCGGCGGCCGCGGCCCCACGCAAGCCCGACCUAUCAGCCUCAACACCGCGUCGCUGACGCACUCGCACGGCUCCGCGGUCGUGAAGAUCGGUGCUGGCGCUGGUGAGGGCAGCUCGAGCGUCGUGUGUGGCGUGCGCGGCGAGAUACUGCCCAUCAGUGAGAUUCCGAGUUGGAGUGUUGGGGAUGCGGUGUCGAGGGUCGUGGUGCAGGAUGCUGAGGAGGACUUGGAGGAUGAAGAUGAAGAUGCGCUUUGGCAGCACAACCUCCUCGUGCCCAAUAUAUCACUUGACACAGGCUGCUCGCCGCUACAUCCGGCCAACACGGCGCCCUCGGAGGAGCAGCAGUCGCUGUCGCAGCGCCUGCUGUCGUUGCUGCUUACGUCGCGGCUGGUGCGGUUGCGCGACUUGGAGAUCUACCAUCAUCAUCACGAUGCAGAAGAAGAUGAUGAUGCUGCUGCUGCUGCGCUAGAUCCGGACGGGAUGGAAAUCGAGGCCCAUGAGCCUGCAGGAGGCAGCAACGCUACGAGGAAAACAGUCAAGGCCUUCUGGGUCCUCUACAUCGACAUCCUGUGCAUCUCCCACGCGGGGAGCGGCUCCGUCUUCGACGCCGCGUGGCUGGCGCUGUGUGCUGCUUUGCGCACGACAGUCUUGCCUGCGGCGCGCUGGGAUGCGGAUGAAGGUAGAGUGCUAUGCUCGAGCGACGUGGGGAGGGCGACGAGGCUGAGCUUGAGGGGCUUGCCUGUGCCGCUGAGCUGGGGCAUUUUCGUGCAUGAUAAGCGCGUGGUUGGAACUGGGAAGGGAGAGGAGGCGGUGGUCCUGGUGGAUCUGGGCGCGAUGGAGGAGGAGGCUUGUGCGGAGAGGGGGUGUGUUGUCGUGGAUCUGAGUGAGGAGGAUGGGGAGGUGCAGCUGGUGAGGGUGGAGAAGAGUGGCGGUGGGGUUGCGGGCGUCAGAGAAGUGCAGAGCGUGGUGAAGGUGGCGGAGGGGAGGUGGCGGGAGUGGAGGAAGCUACUUGGGGAGGCUUGUGGUUGA